AUGCCAAGAGAAUGAUUAACCGGGAACGUUGCCGGAGCUACUUACUCCAUUUGUCCAAUAUUUAAAUUCAAUUAUUUGUUCCAACUUGACUUGUUGCCCCCUUGCUACUUUUUUGUUUCAUACUUGCAUCUUCAGGGCUUAGCUUCAGAAGUUAACCGAUGGAGGUGAAGUUUUUAGGAUCUAGUAGUGGAGUUGGUCUGAUGAAGUGCAUCAUGAUUAUAGCAGCAGUAGUUACCAUUUCUUGCCCGCAGAAUCUUCCGACAGCCCGUGCUCAGAUCCAGAUCGCAAACGCUACCCUUGAUCCCUCUGAAGCUAGUAUUUUGAACUCCGUAUUCCAACAAUGGGGGAUUUGGCGGAACAAUUGGUGGGACAUGGCUGUAAACAUGUGCACUGGCGCCGCCAUCGAUUCUACCAGUUUGCAAGAGCAGUUUUUCAAUCCGGGAAUCAAAUGCGAUUGCUCUUCCACCCCUUGCCACAUCACUGCCCUGAAAGUUUACGCUUUAGAUGUCGUUGGUCCGAUUCCGGAUGAACUUUGGAAGCUAAAUUUCAUCACUGAUCUAAAUCUGGGCCAAAAUUACCUGACAGGCACACUAUCCCCUUCCAUUGCAAAUAUGAGUGGUCUGCAAUACCUAAGCUUAGGCAUUAAUGCAUUGUCAGGGGAGCUUCCAAAGGAACUUGGAUUGCUGACUGACAUGAGAUCCUUUUCAAUUGGCUCAAAUAACUUCUCUGGACCUUUGCCUUCGGAGCUUGGAAAUUGGAAACGCCUUACACAAAUCUAUAUAGCUAACUCUGGUGUUAGUGGUGCUAUACCUCCAACAUUUGCAAAUCUUCUUAACCUAGACACAGUGUGGGCUUCAAACACUGAGCUUACAGGGAGGAUACCUGAUUUCAUUGGGAAUUGGUCAAAGCUUACUACCUUGAGGUUUGAAGGAAAUUCAUUUCAGGGCCCAAUUCCAUCUACACUUUCAAAUUUGACCUUAAUGAUUGACUUGAGGAUAAGUGAUCUUUUGAAUGGGAGCUCUUCACUGGACUUCAUUAGGAAUAUGACGAAUUUAAGCAGUCUAAUUUUACGGAAUAACAACAUUUCUGGUUCCAUCCCCUUGAAUAUUGGAGAAUAUCAGAGCUUGUCACUGCUGUAAGUUCCGGUUGAAGUAUGCUUUUAAUUGAAAUCUUG